UUAGGGGUGAUAUGGGUUGGAGCACUUUUAGAGAAAGGCGCUGCCGAUACAAAGGCCUGACGCAGAAGUCAUUCCUGCGUCACCUGUAACAUCAAGAUCAAGAUCAAGCCGCGUGCUCACCUAAACAAAACAAACCGUGAGGCAGCUGAGUGCUGAUACCUAUACUGUGACCGUGACUGAACAGCAGAACACCACGUCAGACCGUAAUAUUGGAUAGGUAUCUAGUUAUUGCUCACAUGAUGUCACUUAAGUUAUGAGGGAACGGAUUAAACAAAAGAAUUUUCUAGGUUUAUUAUGAAAAAGGUGCAAACACCAGUAGACGUAUCAUAUGUGUUAAGACACGUCCUGUAGUAACUGUCACAACUCGGUAGUAGGGAAUGACGCACUUCUCUGAUAUCACUGCCAACAUCCUCAAAUAUAUUAGAUUACAUGUGGUGUUAUACAUGUAAUCUAUCUGUGUCCGGCCCUCAAGCUGACCACCUGUCCUGAGAUGUCCAAAAGGUUAAGGUCAGAUGAUUUUCUAGCCAAGAGACAAAGAAGUGAUUCAUCUGCUGUGGGUGAUGCUGAUCACUCCUUGAUGGCCACACCAUCAGCCUGGCUAGUGGUUCAUCCCUACAGCAGGUAUGGGCAAGGGCCGGCCGUCCUCCGCAAGCCCAUGUUUGUUGGGGAUUUUUCCUUGGACGAGCACCGCCUCUUCUGUCAUGACCAGCGGAAUCUUCACUUCAUACCCAUUGACUGGACUGGUGACAAAAAGGUUGAGUUUGACCUUAAUGUGGGAAUGGACAAGGUGACAAGGAAGAGGAGGGAGACUAAAAAUGAAAAGCUUGACCGUAUGUUGGAGUGGAUUCUCUCUAACGCUGCUAAGUUCCACACAAAGGAGUCAGCUGGCAAGCCCCUGCAAUGUCUAUCAACAGAUUUUGUAUGCUUCAGAGGACUGCUCACCCAGCUCAUGUGCACUCCUUAUGAACACAGAGAGGGAUGGAUAGUGUGUGCAACAAGAUUCCGGAACACUGUAUACCUUUGUGCCUAUGAGACCCCUGAGAGGAAAGCACAGCGAGAGGCUGAGACUGACAUGCAGAAGACAAUGUCCUCUUGGGGCUACAAGUUUGAGCAGUACAUGAUUGAUGGCAGCAACACCUCUGAGGGAGUGAAUGAGAAUGAGGAGUACUGUGUGAUGAUGCGUUCCCGCCUGCACCACCACUCCCUUGUGUAUGGGGCAGAGGUGGAUGGGGUUGACCCGACUCUCUACAAAACUCCCCAUGCUGAUCUUGGAGCCUUUGUGGAACUGAAGACCAGCAAGGAAGUGACAUCAGAGCGAGAACACAGAACACUUCACAAGUUCAAGAUGAUAAAGUGGUGGGGCCAGUCACACCUGGUGGGCAUCCCCAGGGUGGUGUGUGGCUUCCGGGACACCUCAGGGAUCAUCCACACCCUCAGGACUUACCAGGUGCAGGAGAUACCCAAGCUAGCUCAGGAUUACUGGAACUCUGAUACUAUGCUGAAAUUCUUGAGGUACUUCCUUGACUUUGUGAAAAGAAAUGUCGUGGUGGAUGACCCACAGUGCGUGUACAAGUUUGAGAGGUCCCCCGGGGGUGACAUACACUGUACCUACCUGGGUCGUGAUUUAGAGUGGGCUUUUUUGCCUGAGUGGUAUUACAAGAAGGUGUUCAAUUCCUAAAACAAUUUAAAUAAGUAUCAUACAGUGGCAUUCUGAUUCUCUGCUGCCUCACCUUGCCUAGCUUGUUUCUUACUUUUCCUGGUGCUGGUUGAGAUACUCUCUGUUUCUGUUUGCAGCACAUGUGAGUUAUCCUGACAGACUGUCUCACUAAAAAAUGUUUGGACUAUACACUGUGGCACAGAAGUGUGCUGCAUGAUUUUUGUGUUUAGGUAAACACUAUAUUGACUGUAGAGUUGCUGUGCUGUCAGAGUCCAAUUAGUGCAUCAUUAAGUAGUACAUAUUUAGAGCCUCUGGUCUAACAACUCUGUUGACAUGAAUUGAUUGUCACAAAAACAUUAAAAUUAGGAAAAUGAUAAGAUAUUGGAGAAAAUAUACAUAAAAUUUGGGAAAAAUAGUUUAUUGCAAGGAAGUCUACUAAGAGUAAAAAGAGCAGUUAUCACAAAUGGUUUUAUAGAGGAGUAGUGAUAUAUUAUAAGGAAGAAUCCAUUUUGUGAUGAGAUGAGACUGAUGUUCAGAAAAGUUGUCCAUUGAGAAGUAAAAGAGAGAAGUGAUAGAAGGUCAGUCGAGUCAAGGAUGUUCAGUUAGAUAUUAAGAUAGAAAUGCAUAAGAGCAGGAUUAUGUUUUUAGUAGACAGGAAGCUUAUUUGUGCUAUGACAUUGAUUUUAUUUAUUUAUUUUUUUGUAUGAGAUAGACCAACAAAUGCUUAAAAGUAAACUGAAAGAAAAAAAUGUUUACUGUCCCUAUUGCCAUUUAGAUGCAAUUUCACUCUCUUCUCCACAAAUGAACAAUAUUAUGACAGUCCUCAGCUCUGCUCUGACUCACAGACAGACUAUUUGCAAUUUGUACUACUACUGCUCCACUUCUUGCUCUCCCCCAUUCUCUCUCUCUCUCUCUCUCUCUCUCUCUCUCUCUCUCUCUCUCUCUCUCUCUCUCUCUCUCUCUCUCUCUCUCUCUCUCUCUCUCUCUCUCUCUCUCUCUCUCUCUCUCUCUCUCUCUCUCGUGCUGUAGUGAUGAGUUAGCAGUGUAAGGUAUGUGUUGCUAAGCACUGGUAUGCUGGGAAUUCAUUUUGAUUAGUUACUUAUUAAACAAAUCUGUGAUUAUCAAUUUUAUAUGUAAGGAAAUUAAUAUUACAAUUUUUAGAACUCUCUGGCAAUUGUCAUUAGAUUUAUAUGUUGCAAAAUAAUUUGAUUAAUAAAUGAAUACACUGAAAA